AGCCACUGUCUCCGUCAAAAGUCGCCACCUUUAUUUUUUCUUCUUAAAGCCGAUCCCUUCACUGAUAUCUCGUCGUUCAACUCGAAAGAGCACAGAAAGGAAAGGAGAGACAGCUACAAAAAAAAAAGGGAUUGGUUUUGUGAAGAACCCAGAAGAUAAAAAUGUGCAGAUCGCCGGAUUUCGAGCAGUACAUGGAGAGAGAGAGCUUAAAGAUCAAAGCUUUCUUCUUGCGCUUCACUGGCCUGCCCACCCGGGGACACUUACCCGACUCGCUCACGCUUCUCUACCCUCCCCGAAUCAACGAGGCCGCUCUAGAGCUCGACGGGUCAAAGAUCCGACCCGAUUCUCCGGCCUUCGUGACGCUCCACAGGGUCGUGAAGGGGGGAGAGGCGGUUUACGGGUCACGGGAACGGGUGCGGGUCUGGGAAGGGGUCCGGUUCGAGGUGUUCAUGAGGGAGGAGAGGGUCAUAAAGGGAAUUUUCAGGAAAGACGAGAGAGAGAAGUGGAAAUUGGAGUGCGAGUGCGAGAUGGAGGAGGAGGAGGGAACGGCGGAGGUGGUGGUGGCGACGGAGGGAAACGUGGAGGCGGCGGCGACGGUGGCGAGGAGGCAGAGGCGGCGGACUAGGAGGAGGAUGGGGUUCGAUUGCAUGGAGGAGAUACCGGAGCAGAAGGAGGUGGAGAGAGAAUCAGACGGCGGAUGUUGCUGCCGGUGCCGCGGAGAGGAAUGGACGGAGGAGAUGGACUCGUCGGAGAUCGAAGGGGUGAGAUGGGCCGUUGAUUUGGGGAUUUGGGUGAUGUGUUUGGGUGUUGGCUAUUUGGUGACCAAAGCCUCUUCCAAAAGCUUCAGAAGACGAGCAACAAUGUUCUUCUAGUAAUUAAUUACAUUGUUCUAUAAUUUUUUUUUGCAUAUUAUGCAUAUCUCACCUAGAAACUCUAAUAAGAAACAAUAUGAGAUUCGUAAUU